GGCACAAAGCAUGUUUCCACUGCGAGACCUGCAAGAUGACCCUAAACAUGAAAAACUACAAGGGCUACGAAAAGAAGCCAUAUUGCAACGCACACUACCCGAAGCAGUCCUUCACUAUGGUGGCAGACACUCCUGAGAACCUGCGUCUAAAGCAGCAGAGCGAGCUUCAGAGCCAGAUUCGCUACAAGGAGGAGUUUGAGAAGAACAAGGGGAAAGGCUUCAGCGUGGUGGCUGACACCCCGGAGCUGCAGAGAAUCAAAAAGACUCAGGAUCAGAUCAGCAACAUAAAAUACCACGAAGAGUUUGAGAGGAGCAGGAUGGGCCCGAGUCCCAGCGAGGGUGCUGAGCUGGAGCGCAGGAACUCCCAGGAGAGCACCAAUUACCGGAGACCCGCAGAGCAGCAGCAUCAGCCGUCUCAUCACGUCCAACCCAGCAACCCAGUCUACCAGCAGCAGCAGCCGUCGUCUCAGUCCUACGGCUACAAGGAGCCCGCAGCACCAGCCUCUACACAGCGCAAUGCUCCUUCUGGAGGGGGGAAGCGUUUCCGUGCCGUCUACGAUUACAACGCGGCUGACGAAGAUGAGGUCUCCUUCCAGGACGGCGACACCAUCAUCAACGUGCAGCAGAUCGAUGACGGAUGGAUGUACGGCACGGUGGAGCGCACGGGCGACACGGGCAUGCUCCCCGCCAACUAUGUGGAGGCCAUCUGAGCCACGGGAGGGGACGGGGUGCGUGGCUGACAGCCGAGCCCCCAGCCCACGCCGGCCCCCGUGUGUGUGUGUGUGUGUGUGUGUACGUCUCUCUCUCUGCCCCAGCAUCCCUUAUCCCGUGUGCUCUGCCGUCGCCUGCCGGAGCCGUGUCCUGACGUCUCGGUUACUCUGUUUCUGCAGCCGCCUCUGGUUUCUCUUGCCAACUUAGCUUUCUUCUAGCUCUGUCGGGACUGAGGGACUGUCUGCAAGGGACGUUGGGGGCUCUAGAGAGCAAAUGGCCGCAGCUUUCCUUCUCCUUCGGUCUCCCUCCUCUCUAGCCCUCCCAGGUGCUCCGGCAUUCCCUGGCUGGGGGAAACAGCCGGAGUUGCUGGGACCCGGUAAAGGGAGGAGGAGACCAUCUGUUAGGACCAUAUUCCACCCCCCUCUGGUGGGGACGGGCAGAGGAGCAGCAAUGUCUGCGUGGAGGAGAUGAGGGAUGCUCGUCCCCAGGGCUGCCCUGGGCUGACGGGAGGGAUGGGCUGGCAGCCUCCGCCCUGCACUGCUCUGGGCUUGUGCUGUUGUUUCUCCCAGCUCCUCCGUGCAGUGUUUCCAUUCAGUCUUUGCUCCCUUCAGUCCUCAGAACAGAAAAACAUUUGCAGUUAAAAUCCUUAAACAAAAUCUUUCUUUCUCCUUGGGUUUCAGAGCGGCUGCUCUGGACAGCCCUGGAAGCGGCUCUUGCUGCUUCUGCCUUGGGCUCUGGCUGUUUUGUUCUGCCUCCCUGAUCCCUCCGGGGCCGAGCCGGGGCUGUGCUGGCACAGGUAAAGGAGUAGCCGCAGCCUUGCUUCGCCUGGAGGCUGCUGCUCCCACUCGAGGGCUGGAGAUGGGCCAGGCUCCCCGCUCCUCUGCGCUGGAGGGGAGCACUGUGACACCGAGCCCUCACGUCCCCCCCUGCAGCUCCGGCUUUCUCUUUUUGGGCCAGGGUCUGGGGGUCCCCUGGGCCCCGUGUGCCGGGGCAGCCCUUCCUCUCUUAGCAGUGGUCGCUCCCUGGAUUCACCCAGAAUCUUCCUGCUUUUCUCUUGCUGCUUGCAGGGCUUUCGGGACCCUCCUGAGCCCUUCACCCGCUGUGUAGAACGUCUGGGGAGCCGGCAGGAUCAGCCCCCAUCCCUGUGCCUCUUCUGAGCCGCGUGUGAAAGAUCCUCCCCCUCUGCCACCACGCUGGGGCCUGUCCUGGGUGACUGUCCCCUCCAGUAGCUCGGUCUUGAGUGGCAGAGACCGGGGUUUGGCACCCCGAGCCACCCUGCACCUCUCGUGGGUCCCCAGCGGUGGUAACUUCUGGGGCCACCGCUGACUUGGGAUCACGUCACGGACCAAAAUCUCAAAGCACGUCCCUGUCCCCUUCUCUUUUGGGCUCCGAAGGUCCUGGAGCUGGACAGGGGCAGGUAUAACUGGAAGCCUGUGCGGGGAGGGCAGGAGCAGGAUGCUUUUCUCCCGAGUCAGAGAAGCCGAGCAUCGGGGCAGUGGUGAUGCCCGUGCACUGCCUCCGGCGCUCCCGCUGUCCCGUGCCCACUCACAGCCCCGGCUCAGCCCGGGCCAUGGAGACCGGGCAGCCAGAGGAGACCGUCCCCUUGCCGGGCUGCUCAGGGCUUGGGAUGCGCUGCGCCGCGGGGCCAGGAUGCUUCCAAGAGGAAGCUGCCACCUUUGCUAUUCCCAAAGGAAAAGAGGGAAUCUAGGGACCAAAGCGGCUGAGUUGAGACAUUCCGUGGCUCUCUUGGGGGACACGUCCUUGGGGACACGUCCUUGGGGACAGUCUCGCAGAGGGGGGAGAGGAUCCCGCCGCCUCGCGCUUGCAGUCCCCUUUCUCAAAGCACACGGGGGCUGCAGGGCUGGUUCGUGGACGGUGCCGGGGUUGGGGUGACCGGAGUCGGGGGCUGCUGGAGCAAAUGCUGUUCUGGCGGGGAGCGGGGUCGUG